AUGACUGCUGAAAAUAUUAAGGGACUUCCAUCUCUUAGUGCUGAAAGCCAGAGAAUCCUGGAAACUUCUCCUUCAGAGAGAGCAAGUGAUGAUAUAAAAAAGUCGGAUAUCGAUGAAAGCAUAAUAACAAGUAACUUGCCUUCACCAUCCAAAAAGCAACUUGAUAGAGUGUAUCGUCAUUUAGAUUAUAGGAUCAUUCCCGCAAUUUGGUGCCUAUAUUUUUUAACCUCAUUUGGUUCUUCCGCUUAUGGUAAUACGCUUACAAUGAACUUUGAGGAAAAUCAUUCGUUGCAAGCAAGUUUGAAUCUAGAUACGCGUGCUCUUUCAACUGCUACAGCGUUGUAUUAUGUCGCAUAUAUAAUUUUUGAUCUUCCGAUGAACUUAGUUAUGACUAAAUUGUCACCACAAGUUUGGUUGUGUCGAAUUGUUAUGAGUGUUGGCCUCUGUUAUAUUUGUUAUGCAGCUCUUCAUAAUGCUUCUGGUCUAGAGGCUAUUAGAUUUAUGACAGGUUUCGCUGAAUCUGGUACCUGGCCUGGUCUCACCUAUUACAUAUCAUUAUGGUAUCCCGAAGAAAGAACUGCCAGGAGAAUUGGUUACUAUUUUACCGCAGCCCAGUUGAGUGCUGCAGCUGCUGGUUUGGUUGCUGCAGGUUUUCAGAAAAUGGACAUGGUUCGUGGAUUUUAUGGAUGGAAAUGGCUUUAUAUAGUUUAUGGCUCCAUUGUUAUUGCUUGUGGUAUUUCUCUUAUAUGGUGGCUUCCGGACAGACCUGCUCAUCUUUUAGGGAAGGAAACAAAAUCCCAUAGUAUUCUUCCAGAAAGUAUACACAAAUUCUUUACUACAACACAGCCACUCUCAUCAGAAGAGAGAAAAUUGCAUGCUAUAGAUAUGGGCGAAAGAUACAAAAAAGUUGAAUGGGGUGUUAUUGAUUUAUUGAGGGUUGUAUCCGAUAUUCGGACAUGGGCCUUGAUUGUGAUGUACUUUGGUGUGGUUGGUACCGGAUAUGGUCUAGCAGUCUUUGCUACAACAUUGAUUAAGGUGAAUAACCCAAAGUUGUCUGGGAUUGAUGUAUCCUUAUUGUACGCUCCUAUUUGGCUAUUCGAUUUGGCAGCCAUUCUUUUGGUUACUCCUUUUGCAGAUAAGUUUAAAGCGCAAAGGUAUAUUUUCUUUUCUUGUGCAUGCCUUGUCAUUAUAAUAGGCUUGCUCGUCACUACUUAUGCUAAAGGUCCUUGGAGCAGAUGGGGUGGAUUGUUAAUUUGCGGUUUUGGUUUAGGGCCAACCGUUCCAAUAUGCAUGACAUUGGCAGCAGAAAUUAUGACGCAUGUCUAUGGUGACGUUGGAUGUGCAGCAUCAGCGGCUCUUGUGUCUGGACUUGGAAAUUUGGGAUCUGUCACUUCUACUUAUGCACUAUACACCGGAUGGCCUGCCGAUGAGAAAAAUUUGUAUCGAAACUCAAAUAUGAUCCUACUAUUAAUGUGUGCUAUGAGUAUUGUGGCGUGCAUUGUUUUGACAGUCUUGAGAAAAUAUAUGAGUGAAGAGCCAUACGACAAAUCAAAAGUUGCUGAAUCAAAUAGCAAUACAAGUAUAUCCAUGAAGAGUACAGUUUAA